ACGGUGACAGCCGUGGUGGAAAUACUGGUGGAGCGGUGCUGCACUGCAGCCUGUACGUCUUGUGUAGUUGCGCUUCUAAGCGUUACAUUUCACUCCAACAGAAGAAGAAGAAAAAACACAAUGGCUUUGACUUCGGCAAGAUUACUGACAAGAACUGUUCAUGAGAAGUGGAUUUGUGCACAUUCGCUGACUUUGAGGCCCUUGGUGUGCAUCAAUAAGGCAGCUUUCUAUGGGGAGUACAGGCGCCCUGGUCAAGCUCAGGACCGGACUCCGCCUUGGAAGAAGAUUCGGUUCAGCUUUGCCAAAGGCGUGCAGGGCAUCCGGAAGCAUUUUGGUUUGCUGAAGGACGAGGCAAUGGAGCGGUGGGUGGGCCCGCAGGGACGCCCGCUCAUAGAGCACAUGCUGGAACAGACCAGGGUGCAGUGGGAAUUCCGUGGCCCCGAGUCCCUGGAACAGUGGUUAGUCUCCACAGACCGAGAAAUCGGGGGCCGCAGUGAGGCGUAUUUGAAGCUGGGCAGAAACGACAGCGCUUGCAUGCUGUACGGCACCCUGUGUUCCACUCCUCCGAGAGAUGGGGAGACAUGUUACAGCGGCUACUGCACGCUCCGCUCCAGGCAGCUUUUGAGCUCAUUUGACAGGAAAAAGAACAUCGACUGGUCAUCCUUUAACACUCUGUACAUUCGUUUACGUGGUGAUGGACGACCGUGGAUGAUAAAUAUUGCAGCAGAGACCUACUUCUCCCAUCAAAAGGAUGACCUGUACAAUUACUUUCUGUACACAAGGGGCGGCCCAUACUGGCAGGAUGUCAAGAUUCCAUUUUCAAAGUUUUUCCUUUCCAGCCGAGGAAGAAUACAAGAUAAUCAACACCCAUUAUGGCUGGACAAGGUGAGCACAAUUGGAUUUACCCUAGGUGACAAAGCUGACGGUCCUUUCCAGUUGGAAAUUGAUUUUAUUGCUGUUUGUAAUGACCGAGCCCACACCGAAGAGUUUGCCUAUGAGAUGUACAAAAGGAACCCUGAGGUUUAAGAAACCAUUACUAUCUAUGCAAAGAACAAUGAAACUGGUCUGUUACAGGAU